AUGGAUGCUGCACCUCCAGACACCACUGGAGAGGACACUUCCCUCACUGAACUCAUCUCUGAUGGGAAUGACUCUGCCCUCGGGAGAGCGAUUGACCAUCUGGUGUCCAGGUGCAGCAUGAACAACCCUGAGCUGAAUGCUCUGAAGACAAUUGAGAUGAGAGUGGACUUCAGAAAAAGGCUGGCACCCCCAUCACCCUGUGCAACUUCCCAGUCAAAGACCAUGGAGUUCUCCUGUUUCCUGGGAGCGAUCCUCCAGCAGCAGAGGAGGAAAGCCAUUGUAAGGUGUGUUGUGGCUGGAGCCGUCACCAUUGCGUCGGAGUGGAGUUGCCGUGGCAGCCCUGACGGGGCGCAGGAGGAUGGUGGCAACGGGGAGGGGCUCGGGGAUGGGGCCGACCGGGGGCUGGAUGGGGACCCCGAAGGUGUGUGGAGCCCAGACAUUGAGCAGAGCUUUCAGGAAGCUCUGGCCAUCUACCCACCCUGCGGCAGGAGGAAGAUCAUACUCUCAGAUGAGGGCAAGAUGUAUGGUCGCAAUGAGCUGAUAGCGCGCUAUAUCAAGCUACGCACUGGGAAGACACGCACACGCAAACAGGUGUCUAGUCACAUUCAGGUUCUGGCACGCAAGAAGGUACGAGAAUACCAGGCAGGCAUCAAGGCCAUGAACUUGGACCAGGCAUCCAAAGACAAGGCGCUGCAGACAGUAGCAAACCUCUCAUCAGCUCAGAUUGUCUCUGCUAGUGUAAUGAAACCCCAGCCCUCCUUUCCACCGCCAGUCAGGUUUUGGCCUGGCCCUGUGCCGGGACAGCCUGGACAUUCUCAGGACAUCAAGCCCUUUGCACAGCCCCCAUACACCACACUACCAGCCCCUGUUCCUACGCCAAUGAGUUAUGAAUCCCUGCCGCCGCCCUCCCGCCCUGCAGCCAUUGCAGCUCCUGUAUGGCAAGACAGAACCAUCGCCUCGGAGAAACUACGGCUACUGGAGUAUUCUGCUUUUAUGGAGACUCAGAGAGACGCAGAAACGUAUAAACAUCUAUUUGUGCACAUCGGCCAGUCGAAUCCGAGCUACAGUGAUCCUGUGUUGGAGUCAGUAGACGUAAGACAAAUCUACGACAAGUUCCCUGAGAAGAAGGGAGGCCUGAAGGAGCUCUAUGAAAAAGGGCCGCACACUGCCUUUUUCCUCGUCAAGUUCUGGGCGGACCUGAGCAGUGACAUUGAGGAGGGAUCUGGCGUUUUCUAUGGUGUGAGCAGCAAGUACAGCGGAACAGAAAACAUCACCAUCAGUGUGUCCACCAAGGUGUGCUCCUUCGGCAAACAGGUGGUGGAGAAGGUCGAGACAGAAUAUGCACGCAUGGAAGGCGGGAAGUGUGUGUUCCGCAUUCAUCGUUCACCCAUGUGCGAAUAUAUGAUCAACUUCAUUCACAAACUCAAACACCUGCCAGAGAAAUACAUGAUGAACAGUGUGCUGGAGAACUUCACCAUUUUGCAGGUGGUGUCCAACAGAGAGACUCAGGAGACUCUGCUGUGCAUCGCCUUUGUGUUUGAAGUGUCCAACAGUGAACACGGAGCACAGUACCACGUUUACCGGCUAGUGAAAGACUAGCGCGCCACCCGCCAUGUUGUGUACAUGCAGAGACUCUCUCUAUAGACUUUUUUUUGAUACACAGAAAACACUAUUUCCUGCUCAGACACACAGAUUGCCAUUGUCUGUUCAAGAGUCUCACUGCAGUGACACCACUUGCUUUGAUGUUUGUCUCUGUUGCUGCAAGCUACUCACACAUUUUUCACACAGAUGUCAUGGUUUGAACACACUGAGGUGAAAUGUAUUUGCUAUGGGUGCUGACCAAAAUGUGGUUUUAUUCUCAGUAUAACUCAUAACUUCACGUUGUGAUGUUAUUCCUGUAAUUAGCAGAAAUCUCUCACUUUGCACAAUUGAUUCUACACAUUGCCCACUCAAAACACCACAGCUUCAAUAUAGGGGAAAGACACAUUUCAUUCCCUGAUCAAAAUUUAUCAAUAAAGAUUACAAAACAAAAACUGGGUAAAUUGCACCCAGUUUAAAGGUCAAAUUGUUUCAUAACACAAAGUUUUUCCUAUAUGCAGUGCAGACAAAGUAGUGUGAAUGUAAUUGUGACAGAUGCACAGACGAUGGAUGUUCUCAUUUUCUGUGAAUUUUCAUGGCGAAAUGCAUGCAUUCACUCGCGGUUUGAGAGAAGUUUGAAUAUAAGUUGGUCAGUGUUCAUGUAAAUAUGCCACAAUGACUCUAUGCUACAGCUGGUGCAAACUCUGUAAGAUGAGACUUAAAUGAACCUGCCAUGUUGUUUCCUCCAUCUCUCAUUACCUUCAGUUGGUUUAAGAUCUUGGAAAUGUGUGGUGGAAAGUCAGGCCUUGCCUCUUCCCAGAAAUCCCGCACCGGGCAGUGAACAGCAGUAAAGAGACAAGUGACACAUGCAAUGCACUACAUACUAAGGCGUAAAAGUCAUAUUUAUGUGUAUUUAAGUAAACCACGGUAUAAAAGGGGAAGAAUAUUCAUUAUUUUGACAGUGAGUACUUGCUGUUCAAGGUUUGUGAUGGUACUUGGUGUUCAAAGUUCACUCAAGUGAUUCAUUUUCUUUGGACACGUCUAAAAGUGUUCACAGCCAAUUCCACAUCCAGCUUCACCGCCACAAAGGUGUUUUACUCAGUCUCCACUUUUUCUCACAUAUUUUGUAUUUUCGUUUUUUCACACUUGGCAGCAGUAUCAUGAAUGAAAGAGUUAAUCUGUGUUUAAUGACACUAUACUGUUUCUAAUUUUUUCAGCUUGACAGAGUGUGGGCUUGCUGCAGUAUUUCUACCUCCACAUGGGUUGGGAUGAGAAUGUGUUUUGGUUCACAAAGCCUUAACCUGAGGAGCACUGAUGUAUAGGAUAUGUACACUACACUUUUAAAGGUACUGUUUAUAAGCCAAAACAAGGUUAGACUAAUUUUGUAAAGGUGACUUAUCUUUUUGUAUUCUCUCAACAGCUAGAAUUGUUACACCAGACAUCAUAAAUGAUGCAGAUUUUGGCUGUUUAUAUUGUUAAUUAAUGUAUGAACAACCUCAAGGUACAGACCUACACUAAGGUCACUAUUCACUGUGCACUGGGGUAGUUUUUUGCCUGAUAAUCAGAAAGUAGUCAACUGACAUUUGCAUUCUUCAUUUUUUUUUCUGUUUGUUUUACGCAAUGAAUAUGAUUUUCCUGUAAACAUGGCUACCAGCUGCUUCAUUUUUUAAGGCUUUCAGGCUUAGUUGUAGUCAUGUAAGUUGACAAUGAUUUGACUUGUGAUUUUUCUAUCAUGAAAGUAAGAGCUUAGGGGUGUGGUUUUAAAUUAAAUCAUCAUUUACACUCAGUUACUGUGUGGUCAGCCAAAAGUUGAAGUUGCCCCUCGUCAGAAUACUACAAAACCAACAGGAAUGACUUUUUUUUUUUUUUUUUUUUUUUUAAAUAAAACUGACAUAAAAUCAACUUCUACUGUAGGUGUAGUUAGUAUCUACUAUGGCUGACUGUCUAAUCACUCCACUGGUCAAGUCUGCUCAGUGAAAUCUGUACAUUUACUCUGUACCAAUAAAAUCACAUGGUGUCUGCAGAAUC